CAAUAAUCUUCCAGGCUUCGCCGACAUCAAAUAACGUAUCGUGCUCCUAAAGGAAUCGUGGAUUUGGUAUCUCUUGAAUUGCGCCCUAACAUUGAGGAAAACAACACUUCACUAUUUCUGAACCCCCGCCUCGAAGGAGGACACGAUGGCGAAUUGUUAGGUGAGGCAAUCGGUACUGUCCAUCGACGCUCGCUCUUAGCGCCAUAAAUUCACGCGAUACGCAAUACAUUACGCAAAUUACGCUCCUGAACUUCUCGUUGACCAUAAUGCCUCGGCCAAACGCUCCAACACCGGCAAAGCGACAUGCCGAUCGGGGGGUGAAACGCGUCGUCUUAGGUGACCUAUCUUUUCGGACUUGGUACCAUUCGAUUUACCCCGAGGAGCUUGUGAGUAAGCAGACAGACGUGCUGUAUGUUUGCCGCUGGUGUUUUCGGUAUACAUGUGAUGCUGUAGCCUACUCGAGACAUACGCGGGCGUGUGAGUGCCAGGCCUUGCCUCCAGGGACCAAGGUCUAUGAACAUGGCGGAUACGCUGUUUGGGAAAUAGAUGGGGAAGAACAGAAGUUGUUUGCACAAAAUCUAUCACUUUUUGCAAAACUCUUCCUUGAUCACAAAUCUGUUUUUUUCGACGUUACAUCAUUCUUAUAUUAUGUCCUCACCUUCACGGAUCCGAAAGAACCACAAACAUAUCACGUCCUUGGGUAUUUCUCCAAGGAAAAGCUGUCAUGGGACCCAAAUAACUUGGCCUGUAUCCUCAUAUUCCCGCCCUAUCAGCACAAACAAUUGGGGAAACUUCUUAUGGGGGUCAGUUACAAGCUGAGUGCGUGGGAAUGGGAAGGAGGGCUGAUUGGCGGUCCUGAACGGCCACUCAGUGAGAUGGGACGUCGAAGCUAUACACGGUUUUGGGAAGAGCGCAUAGCUCGGUAUUUUCUAUUCGGCCCCCUGGCGCAGAAACAGACAGCCGUGAAGGCAGCAAAGAAAAGGCUAGUUAGGGAACGAAUGACGGCACGAGAGAUUGGUCUAGCGACUGGCAUGUUACCUGAAGACGUGACCAUUGCAUUAAAGGAAAUGGGUGUUGUGGAGCCAGAGCCGGCAGCGAAAAAACACAAAACGGCUUCAAGCGCCAAAACUGGGAAUAACGACGACCGGCAGGAAACACUUCUCAUUCGCAAAUCCAAUGUAUUGGAAUGGGCCAAGGUCCACAAUAUCACGCUCCGAGAUCCUGUGAGAGAAGACGGCUUUAUUGGCGAGUGGGCUCCUGAAUAUAUGCAACUGCAGGAAGAAGGGAGCGAUUAGUCCGCGAUCAAGUGGCGGCUUGUUCCAGUAGGCAGCAAAAUUUUUCAAUUACGAAGGGGGUUUGAUUAUGGCGCUACUAGGUGAUGAUGAUGAUGGACCAGAGAUACCCUAUGCUUGCAUGUUUUGAUUUGUUUUCUCCAUUCCAGAUCUUAUUGUACCUUCCAAGAUACCCAAGAUCUUAUUUCAUACAUCAAAGAAGUUAAAAUUAUUUGAGAUUCAAGUUUUACGAUGAUUUGUUCCGUAGCCUCAGACAUGUAGACGUA